AUGGCCAUUCCUGGGCUGCACAGAUCACUCGCCGGCCCCGCGCUCGGCGGUCCCGCCUCCCAACCUCGAGACAGCUCCCCACGCCCGUCUUCUUCCGCCGGCGCCGUCGCCGCGCCGCAGCCCUCCGCAGCGACCGCCGCGUCUCCCGCCCCGCCGGCGGCGCCGACGAAUGACGACAUCGAGGCGGUGAUCAAGAUGGCCAUGGCCUCCUCCUCCUCCGCCGCAGCCCCGCGCACAAACAAUCCCCCGCGCGACACGCGCACGCAGCUGUUCGUGGGGAACCUCCCGUACCGCGUGCGCUGGCAGGACCUCAAGGACCUGUUCCGCCGCGCGGGCACCGUCUUGCGCGCCGACGUCUCCCUCGGGCCAGACAAUCGGUCGCGGGGGUACGGCACCGUCAUGCUCGCCACCGCGGAAGACGCGGGUCGGGCGGUGGACAUGUUCAACGGGUACUGUUGGCAGACGCGGACGCUGGAGGUGAGGCCGGACAGGCUGGGGGAGGAGCUCGCGGUCGGUGGGUUUUCCAUCAACGGUGGGUUGGGCGUGGGGAACCAUUUGGCGGGCAUUGGACUCGGUAUGCACACGCCUUCUCUUAAUUCGAGCACGGGUGCGUCUACUCUGCCAUCACCGCUGGGGAGAUAUCCCAGCACGUUCGGAGUGGGCGUAGGCGAGGACGGCCUGGUUGUGAACGGUGCCACACCCAUGUCGAGGCCAAGCACGGGCGCAGGUCCCUCUCCGGCUAUCGGAGGGCCAAGUCGAAAUUUAUUCGUCGGAAACCUCCCGUUCCACAUCCAGUGGCAAGACCUGAAAGACCUCUUCCGACAGGCAGGCGCAGUGGCGCGCGCAGACGUCGCGCUCGGGGCGGACGGGCGGUCGCGGGGGUUCGGCACGGUGGCGUUCGCGACGGAGGCGGACGCGGAGCGCGGGGUGCGGAUGUUCAACGGGUACGAAUUCAACGGGCGCCCGCUCAACGUGCACUUUGACAAGUUCGCCGCCCCGUCGUCGUCCUCGGCGCAGGUGGCCGUGCCCGUUCCGCACUCGCCCAUGGGCGUCGCGUUCGCGUUGGCGCACUCGCCCGUGCUCUCGCAUGCGCAUGGGCUGCCGCUCUCGCACGGCGCGUCGUUCGCGCAUCAGAUCCUGCAGCAGCAACACGAGCAGGCGCAGACCCAGCGGACGCCGGUGCAGCCGUUCGUGCGGAGCGUGGAUCCGGGAUACGCGUUCGACAGCCGUGAAUGGGAGCCCCAACGGGAGGCCCCGGGGCACAUUGGGAUGCCGUAUCGGACGGCGUACGACUUCGAGUUUCUCAGCUCGGGACCGAACAGCCCGUACGAGAUGUACGGGGAGGCGGGCGGACGGUCGUUCUUCGGGAGUCUCGAACAGCGGCAGCAGCAGCAGCAGCCACCAUCGCUGUCGGAGGACCGUUCGUCACUCAGUUCUAGGCAGGCACUAUCGCGACCGUCGACGUCGCCGCAGAUGCACACGGUGUCGAACGACGAGUCGCCGGAUGCGUUGCCGCACUCGCAUUCACAUACACGAUCCCUAUCCCAUCUUCAUUCAUACCCGCAUGCGCACUUGCGCUCACACUCUACCCAAAAUAACCACGCGCAUUCGCAUGGCGCGCACCAGCAGCUGCGACACACGGCUACGCACACACACCAACACCCCGCCCACCCAGGGCCCAUCGCGCUUCCCCCGCCGCCGGCCGUCACCGCCUUUCCCAUCCCCCCAGCGCACACCCUCUCCCCGCCCUACCCCGUCGCGCUCUCCCCAAUACAUCCCGCAAUGAGCCCCCUCCACCACCCCGCAAUGAUGGGCAUGCCAAUGGUGUCCAUGACGCCGCACGGGCUCCCGCCAAUCACGCCGAGCAUGCCCUCGUUCACGUUCCUCCCACAGCCCUCCUCAGGGGCCGCGCCGGAACCCUCCUCGUCCGGCACGAGCACGAGCAACUCCGGCUCGAACGGCGCCGCGUACGACUUGGAGAGCGCGCGGCGCGCGGCGCUGCACGGACACAUGCUCUCGCCCUUCGGCUCCGCCGGGGGCGCGUUCUCCCCGGGCGCGACGCUCUCCCCCGGGAUGUCCCCCGGCGCGUUCUGGGGCCGCCCGGGCGCGGCCGCGAACCCGUUCAUCAACCCCGCCGUCGGCGCGCCCGUGCACUCGCGCCCGCUCGACUCGAUGUACUACGCGCGCGGGGAGGAGGCGCGCACGCCGGACGACGAGGACGCCGGGGCGGGCCGCGAGCAGGGCUACUUCCCGCCCGUGCGGGUGUCGAUGGCGAUGGCGAUGGCGCAGGCGGGCUCGGAGCCGCGCGAGCCGCCGGGGUAUUUCCCCCUCGUCCCGCCUUGUGCGAGCGCGCUGGGGAGCGAGGCCGUGGGGGAGGACGGGAGCGCUGCUGCUGGCAGCGGGAGCGGGAGCGGCGGCGGGAGUCUGCGGGGUGGCGAGUUUCCGACGUUGGGGCUGGCGGGGCGGAGGACGUCGUCGACGAGCGAGGGGACGCGGACGGGCGCGGACACGGGCAUGACGGGGAGGACACCCAGCUCGCGGGGCACGUCGUGGACGUCCGAGGACCUCGCGAAGGACGUGCGUGGGCUUGCUGUAGAUGACGAAAUGGUCGCUCUGGGGCCGGCUGCGGCGAUGUGCGCUGGUGCGAAGCCGCGCGCGUACUCUGCCGUGGCGUCCCAAGCUCCUGCUAUGCAAACGCCGUCGCCGGGGCAGCUGCAGCGAGCGGACUCGGACCCGUUCCGUGCGGCGGCGGACGGCGCGGCUCCACUGGCUACAAGCUCCCAGUAA